AGUCAAAAUAAGAUAGGUACAUUUCCUGCACUGAUCAUAGCAAUUUGCAGGGAAGGAUAAAUUGAAUGAUGCCUCAAAGCUUUAAGGUCGAGAGAAGCGACUGGAGCAGCCCGCAGACUUCGGGGGGUAGAUGGGAGGGGGGCGCAAGUUGGUUCGAAGCGAUUGUAAAUGGCGGGCGCCAAGUGAGAUGAAGCGAACGUCGAUGAGGGGGGGGGGGGGAAAUGGGAAGGAGAUUAAGAUUAGGAUUAUCAGAUGCCAAACACAAUCACAACAACCACAAAAACGGCGAAGGAGCAACAGCGAGAUGGAAAAAUCGAAGGAGAAAGAGGAAGAAGCAACACCAGUUAACAACGGGUAGCUUUUUCUGGGGACGGACGGACAGACAGACAGACAAGACAAGACAAGAACAAACGCAUCGGACAAUGUUGAUAAAGGGAAUCCACUCCUGGUCCAGUCUGGUAAGUAUAUUACCGUAUGGGGUAAGUCCGUAUGGAUGGAUCUUUUUAUGGGCAGCGGGGGGAAAAAGGGAAGAAAAGAAACAGAGAGAAAAAAAGAGGGGACUUUAAUUUUGAAAGUUACUAGUAAAAUGGUAAAGGGCCAAGGGUUACGUAUUUUUCAUUCACCAAUCCUCACAGUUCUUCUUUUAUCUUCACUAAUUGCCGGGCAACCUGCUCU